AAUAAUCUUGUUGGUUUCAGUCGGAAUUAGGUAGAGACCGAGUUAGACGAGGCGGUUACGAUACCAGUCAUCUUCUUGCUUUGCAAAAUUCCAGCGUUUUCUCUGUGAUUUUAGUCAUCUUCUUGCAAUUUGAGUCAUCACUAUGGAGAACGAUUUGAUUGUCCACUGCCCUAAUUGCGACCGUGAGGUGCUGAAUCUCUUAAAACACACUUGAUCGACGAGCACAGUUUGAAAAUUGUGCAAUGCAUGUGAGAAGCCAUUGGAGGAGAAGAGAUGCUACGUGUGGACCAAAGAUGGCGGAGGUCUGAAAGCCCGUUGGAGUUCCAAGCACAGAGCUGACUUCACUUUCUGCAAAAUCAACAAGUGCGUGCUUCCUAUGACUCCAGCUGGGGAGACUCAUACGUGCGAAUACAAAUGAUUCGGUUAUUCAAAGUUUCAAUAUGGUGGAUGUAUUGAUCUGGAUUCUUUGUAAGCAGUUAAGAUACGAGAAAUUCAUCCGGUGGAGGAACACAUGCAGUAGAUGAUUGAUUGGCAUUUUCACAAGCUCCUGCUAAAGCUGCCCAAAGUUUAAGAGAUCUGCUUUAUAAUUGUCAAAUUGCAUCAAGUCAGAAGGUAUGUUUUCAUGAAUCUACUAUUGAACCAAAAGACAUCUUUUGCUCAAUAUUGUGGCAAUUCCUCACAAGUGUACUCUUGCUAGAUAUUUAGGAAUUCAGAAUAUAGAUGGUCUGACAGGUCUGAUACUCAAGGUUUACUAAACAAAAUGUAGAAAAAGUUUAUCAAGCCACAAAUCUAAGCUAUUGUCAAAAAUUCAACUAAUUCAACCAUGUCUAAUCAUGUUCAGUAUGCAUGUCUUUCCACUAAAAUUGUCUUCAUCAGAUUAAUAAGAUGACUAGAGAUCUUUUUGGGGGGUAACUGUUAGUUGAUUGGUCUUCUCAUUGUAAAAACAAGAAAAUAUGGGGUUUACGUGUUAGGAAUUCAGCAUUAUAAUCAAGCUUCAAUCUAAAUUAGGAUGGCACAUGUCAACCUACCCUCAUAAUGUGUGGGUCAAUAUUCUGACAGAAAGAUAGUUAAAGAACCAUUCCUUUUUUGAGGUGACUGAAAAAGUGGGGAACUCAGUAGUUGGAAAACAAUAUUAAGAGCCAGACCUAUAAAGUAUUAGAUAUAUCAUAGGUAAUGGCCGGCAAGUUCAGUUUUAGAAUCACAAUGUUAACCUGCCCUUGGAGGCUUCUUUUAGAUCUGUUCAUCUUUCUGAAAGGUAUCUGCUUACAUUUUGCAUCAUACUUGGAAUCUGCCAAAACUGAAUGCACUUCUGCCAUAAUUCAGUCUAUUGUUGGUAUUAAUAUUCCUUUAACAGAUAUGUGGGAUCAAUUUGUUUGGACCCUUUCCUGUAGUGGUAAGCUCAAUGUUAAAGCUGCAACUAAUGUGCAAUUAUUCAAUAAUUAUUCAUCUCAUUUAUCAAAAGUCUGGAAAGAAAAAUUACCACCAAAAGUUCAAUUGUUUGCUAGGCUCUUUUACCAAAGUAGACUUUCUGCAAGGGAAAAGCUUUCAAGAUUCUCUAACUUACCAGAUGCCUGUCCUAUCAAUGUUGAAUCAUAACAUCAUCUUAUGGGAUUGUUCUUAUGCUAAACAAGUUUGGGAAAGUUUGGCAAUUUUAUUCCACUUAUUCUUCCCUAAUAAUUGUCAUAUUUUGCAGUGGCUAAAGCAGUGGAAAUCUAAUUAUGCAUUUCUAAUUGAGAGGUUUAUUACUGUUUGUCUGUGAACUGUGGCGUUUGGAAUCAGAGGAAUCAAUUGGUUUUUAACCUGUCAACCAAAAGAAAUAUUUGUUAUUAAUCAUAUAGCUCCUACUGUGUCUCAAGCCCCUUUUUAUAUUUUAAAUUUCUUAUGAGAUUUCGGUUAAAAAAGUAAUGUUGUUAUGAAUAAAAUCAGGCACAGACAUAAACAACCUAGUGGGUGGUCAGCUCCUGCUGAGAAUUUUUAUAAGCUUCAUUUUGGUGGAUCAGUGUUGCCAAUCGUCAAGCUUCUGCUGGCUUUAUUGGCAGUAAUAUAUAUGUUUGGUGAAGUUGUUGUUGUUGCAGGUUCAGCUUCUUUCGGUAAUAUUUCAGUAGUAGUUCAGAAUUUACAACUCUUAAAUUAGGUCUUAUACAAGCUGUCAGACUCAAUUCAGAUGUUGCAAGGGAAGGUAAGUUUGAAUGCUCAUCAAUGUGAUUCACAAGAAAGCUCAAGUUCCAUGGAGGAUACACACUAUCUACAGACAUUUAGCAGCUCCCUUUCCCAAUUCCCCAAAUUAAUUUUGCUCAUAUUUUGUGAGGCUAACGCACUAGCUUGCCGACACAUUUGCAACUUUGGAUCACACAUGUGAUCAUUCUGGGGUUUCUACAUUUUCUAAUGAGGUAUUGUUUGAUUAUCGAAGAUCCAUGUGGAUCGUCUUUGUAAUGCUGUUUUGACAUAAAAAGAAAAGAAAAGAUGCAUACAAAAUUUUGUCACCCGUUUAAUGAUUAUUUGCAGUUGAAAUCAUCUUUUGGGGCUUUUCCUUCAUAUAUUUAAAUGUAGGCCAUGACAGAAGUCCUAGUUUUAGAUGGAGUACCAGUACGCUGUCUAUAUAGAAACGGGUACAGGGCUAUUGAGAGCCCAAAGCCUCCAGAGCAAGUAGAAAACAGAACAGGCCCAAUCGACAUAUAUAUAAGAAAACAAAUAUCCUAAUCUGACACAAAACGUAAGACAUCAGAUCUCCGACGCCGUACAAGAACCAAAGCAGAAGACACUGUACUUACUUUCUGCGGCGCCUGACUUGAGUCCGAAAUCGGCAGGAUUCUUCUGGAUGGAACCAGAUUGGGCAAGUUUACCCAAGCACGUUUUAGAUUCAGUUUUAGAGAAGUUGGUGUCACUAUCAGACUACUUGCGAUUCAGCAUUGUUUGUAAGUCAUGGUAUUAUGUAGCAAAAGAUAAUCAAAUCCAACGCGCUAAGAUGACAGCUCCAAUGCUCUUGAUCUGUGCUAACAAAAGACAUUCAUGGAACUUAUACAGCAUCGUGGAUGACAAGGUCUUUGAUUUGCAACUAAGUGUGCCAAAUAAGCGAUAUUGUGGCUCUUCCUUUGGAUGGUUGAUAGCUGUUGAGAAGAAUUUUGCAAUAACCCUAAUCAAUCCGUUUCUUAGGGUUAAAGGUAGGAGGAAGAAUGAAAACUCAAUCAUUCGGCUUCCUUCAAUGCGGUUACCUCCAAGCAAUUCUGAAAGGCGUAGAUGGUCUAGACGAUACCACCAUUAUGUUUUCAAGGCCACUAUGUCAGCAGACCCCAUAACAGAUGCAGAGGAUUGUAUUGUGGUGGUCAUAUAUAGGGAAUUUUGUCAAAUGGCUUUCAUUAGGCUUGGUAAAGCCACAACGUGGACUUAUAUUGAUACCGGUGUUGAUAGACUGGGGACCUUAAUUCUAGAAGUCACUAAUGUUAAAGAUAAAUUUUACGCUGUUGAUCAGAAGUUUCGGCUUUUAUCCUUUGGUGUCACUGCUGAGUCCAACCCAAAUGUAGAAGUGGUUGCAUGCAUGACCCGACGACCAGCUCUGAGCAAGAGAUAUCUCGUAUAUUCAAUCGAGAAAGAAUUAUUGAUGGUUAUUAGGUAUGUGGCAUAUGAUGGUGGAAAACGUUCGACGGUGGGAUUCUUGGUUUUCGAAUUGAAUUUUGACAAGCGUGAAUGGGUAGCCAAAGACAACUUAGGUGAUGAUGUUGCGCUUUUUGUGGGUGAUAGCGCUUCUGUAACUGUGCCGGCUUCAAAAUCAGGAUGUCUAUCAAAUUGCAUAUACUUUGUCCAUGAUAAUGAUCGUAAUGGAUAUGAUAUUGGUCGACGCUAUCAUUUAGAUUUAGGUGUUUACAAUGUCGAAAGUAAAAGCAUUUCACAACCUUACACCUCGCAUGCCAAGAGCCUCGUGGAAAUGACUGAUUAUGAACCAGUUUGGGUAAAACCAACUUUAAAUUUGUAACAAGAAAAGAAAAAAAGGGCUUCUUGUGGUUGAUAUCUGUUAUUCUUUUCAAGUUAUUUUGUUUCUUUACGGUAAGUUUUGUUUUUGUUUUUUUUCAACAUGUAAUUCCGUCCUUUGAAUUCUAAAUUUGUUUCCCUAAUAAAUUGCUCUCCCUGAUCAAGAACGAAAUUUUCGCAUAAUGUUUCUGCAGAUGGAUUUUGCUUGCUUGCAUGAAAGCUCCUAUAAGAGCAAAAAGGUCCCAACGAACAAUUGAUUUCUGAUUCAAUCUUUCAAGGGUAACAGAUACUGUUAAGUAGUUUAUGAGCACUUAUGAGUCACGACUGUCGCGCGCUAUCUAAACAAGAUGAUGUGGCAUGAUUGGUGAACGAAGCCAAAUGGGGGAGGGGGAAGUCGAACAUGGGACCUUAAGUCAACACUUAGGUGGAUUGGAAUCAGGUGAUUGACAUAGAUUAAGCUGGUUUGUUUGCUGAUGUUUGAUACUGUUUUAAAAAGGUAUAGCUGCAGAAGCAUGGCAAAUUAACAUGCCAGAACUGAAAAUGUUGUAAUGUGUACCGGAAUUCUUUCACUUCAGAUGAUAACUACAAACAGAAUAUGUACAAAAUAUUAUACGAAAGACAGACGGCAAUCAUACCCAUAACGUUCCCCUGCAUACCCAUACUCUUGCUCAAAGGCUCUAAUAGCUUCGUAAUUAUAAUUGAAAGAGAAGUCUUUUCUAGACAAUACUCAUAAUCCUAAGGUUACACUGCUUGCCUUCUAUCCAGACAUCAGCACUUGUAGUUUGGUUUUGACAAUUCAUAAAGCUCAUCAGGUGUCAUCUUCUCAAGUUUUUCAGUUGUCCAAGAAUCAAAAUUCCCAUGGAUGUUUGAAUACUUCGUAGCAAGUGAUGCAACAAUGCCUUCUGUCAGAUGAUCUAGGGCUCGAAAUCUCUUGUACAGUCUCAUUACAGCCACACAAUCUGCAUAAGGAUCAUGCAUACCAGACUAGAUAUCAUACCUGUAAAGCCAAAGAUUCAUGAUUCACUGGAGAAUAUACAAUAAGAGAUGACUCCAACAAGCAAAUAACAUAGACUGCAAGAUGAAGAUCCCUACAACUUGAGACUAUUAGAACACUUCGCUCCCUUGUGGAUGUGAUCAAGACACACUUGGAGACUAUGAAAGAAGUACUUUUGAAUAUAUGACCAUGCAACAUCUACAAAAAGAGGUAAACUUGUCGCAGAGCUUAUGAAAAUUGAAGGUUUGAAUGAUUAUGAUGUGCUUGAGGCUGCUGCUACAAUUAUUGGCGAUGACUCCAAAAUUGAGCUCUUGUUCAGCCUUCCCGACAAUUUAAAGA